UCACGUACAGACACACACACAUUGCACACACUGCAUUAGAACGCCAAGCCAGAAGUCUGCUGACAUUUUCUUUAUAGCUUAUCAUUUGGGGAAUCUCUUCUAUUUUCCUGUCCUGAUAUUUUACUUUAAACAGCUGUUGUAUUUCCACAAUGGAUCUUGGAAGAAGGUUGAACAGAGGCGCAAAUAUCACAUUUAUUAAUCCUUGGAUUAAGUACUAUCUAUUUUUCUUCAGUUUCUUGUUCUGGAUCAUCUCACUGGUGAUUGUUGCCAUUGGAGUAUAUGCAAAGAUUCAAAAAGCCACAGAUGCCGUGCGGGAUACCUUUGUCAUUGACCCUGCGAUAAUUAUGAUUGUGGUUGGAGCUGUUAUGUUUUUAAUUACAUUCUGUGGCUGCAUUGGGGCUCUGCGAGAAAACAUUGUGCUGCUGCAAGUGUUUUCGGUGAGCUUGACCAUCCUAUUCUUGGUACAGUUGGCUGUCGGAGUCCUGGGAUUCGUCUAUUCAGACAAGGCUGAAGACACAGUGAGUAAAUUUAUCAAGAAAGCCAUUGUCCAUUAUAGAGAUGACAUUGACCUGCAGAAUCUGAUUGAUUACAUCCAGAGAGAGUUUCAAUGCUGUGGUUGGAACAGCUACAAAGAUUGGUCAAAGAACAUGUAUUUCAACUGUACCCCUAACAAUCCCAGCCCUGAACGCUGUGGUGUGCCUUACUCCUGCUGCACACUGAUACCUGGUGAGUCAGUGAUCAAUACAAUGUGCGGCUUUGGUAAACAAUCGCUAAACCAACUGGAAGCUUCUAAAUUCCUGCACCCGGUGGGCUGUGCUGACAAGGCAGCGAUCUGGAUAGAAAGUCACCUGGUGCUGGUGGGGGGCAUUGUCCUUGGGCUGGCACUGCCACAGAUCGGAGGAAUUGUGCUGUCUCGAAUGCUGAUUGGACAGAUCAAAGAGGAGAUUAAGUCAAUAUAAUGACUGGAGCCUUGUCUAUGGAAAACAAAACCAAAGGCAAUGUCAUUCACUGAGCCUUAGCCAAGAUACAAAGACGCCAAACUGGCUGAAAGAACAUUCAAGACUUUUUGUAUGAGAAUCAACUUCAAAUGCUGUUCUUUUAUUUCUGAUCAACUGAGAUGGAGGAAUCCAAGAUGGUGCAUUGGCAGCUUCUGUCCUCAUCUUUCACUGAGAAUUGAACAGAGCUGAUACUGAGGGUCACAGGGACCACUGCAGUCAGCUGAGGUCUCAGUCAACAUCCCCCUUCCCUCAAUUAGUAUUGAGUGAUCCUGCGUGUCGACACAAGUUCAAAAAAAUUGAGAACAGAUUCAUCAUUUCCAACACUGAUUUCACAUUACAAAAGCAUGAGUAAACAGCUGAUAUAUUUAUCAGGCUAGAUCUGCAGUGUAAUUCACUUCAUGCUGGUCUGAAAAGAUAUGGAGUAGAAACUGCUUUCUCCAAGGAAUUGCACUAGCCUACAACAGAGAAGGGUACAUUAUACACACACCGCUCUGGUUCCAUCACUUUUGGUGUUCUUCCAACUUUCUCCUCUUCCAUCAUAUCUCUUGCCCUGACCCCACCAACACCUCUGUCCUGCCCCUAUGUAUUUACUAUGCUUUGUACAGUCCCUUUAGCUUUUGGUCUGCUCCCAAAUUGAAUGGUGACAGCUGAUGUGGCCCUUGAUCUCCAAUUCCUCACCUUCACCUGAAGUUUAUCGGCAUGCACUUUGCUACAGGCAUGGAACCAGCAAGGGACAAACUAACUAGUUGUUAGGGAGCAGCUAGAAACGGGACCCUGAUAAGAUUGUGUUUUCUACCACUCAACUGGGAAGCAUGUGCUGACAAUCAAGCCCCACUGUUCCACAAACUAUCACAAAUGUGUAACUACCUAAUUAAACCACCAAUUUGAAAAAUUCCUACGACGAUUGCUAUUCAGGAUGGAAGUAAUUCCAUAAGAAAUAGGAACAGGAGAAGGCCAUUCAAGCCCUCAAGCCUGCUGUGCCAUCCAAUAGGAUCAUGGCUGAUCCAACAUUCCUCACAUCCACUUUACUGUCUUCUCCCCUUUACCCUGGAUUCCUGGACUGAUCAAGAAUCUACCUAUCUCAGCCUUAAACAUACACAAGGACGCUGCCCCUGCAGCUCUUCAAAGACUCUCAACUCUCUGAGAAGAGAAAUUCCUCCUAAGCUGAGUCUUAAAUUGGUGCCCCCAAAUUUUGAGACUAUGCCAUAUGGUCCUAGAGUCCCGAUGAGGGGAACCAUCCUCUCAGCAUUUACCCUGUCAAGCCCAUUAUAAAUUCAAUAAGUUUUAAUGAGAUCACCUCUCAUUCCUCUAAAUUCCAGUGAGUAGAAUCC